CUUGUGCAGUGUAGUGAACACAGCCAAAACCCAGUUGAGAGAGAGAGAUGGGUCCUGGAGCGUUCUGGGGGACGAGAGUGAUGGAGAUAGUGAAGAAGCACGACUCGGGAGGUCUUGUCUGGAAGCGAAUCAAGCUCACCACCACUCGUAAAGCCAACGCCAAGAAGCGUCUCCUCCGCGUUUGGCAGAAUGAGGCUGUCCUAAGGGCUUGUUCUGAGCCACCUCCUUCAAAAAAUUCUGGGGGUAGUACUGAUGUAGCUGGUGAUAAAGACAGCAGCAGCUAAAUCAGGGAAUGAAAUGAGUAAGAACAAUAGGCAAGCCUGAGAGGAGUACUUUGGUGAUUCAUGGCUUCGUAGUGCCAUUUUUGAUUCAUUUGAAGUUUACCAUUUAGACUUCAUGUGGGUAUUACAACUGACCACCAUUUUGAUCUUUCUUUAUAUAGGUUCAUUAGUGUUGUGUGUAUCUUGAAGAAGAAAUUGUUUGGAAGCUUUUUAGUUGGUUAAAAUGCAAAGUCUUAUAUGAUCUUGGGUUUUGCAAAGUCAAUAAGAAUAUCUGAAGCUCGCUUGCUAAUGAUGUGCAUCACAGUUUGAGCACAUAACUGAGAAUAGUGGCCUUUCUUAAGUUAGGUUUAUUAUAACUGACCACCAUUUUUAUGAUAUAGGUUUGCUAGUGUUAUGUGUAUCUUGAGGAAGGAAUUGUUUGGAAGCUUUUUAGUUGUUAAAAUUAAAUGCAACUAGAGUCUUAUAUGAUCCUGGGCUUGGAAACUUGAUGAACUUCAGUUAGUCAAUAAGAAUAUCUUUGAAGGACA